GGGGCACUGUCAGUGUCUCACUUGUCCUGUGGACAAUCUGCUCAUUCAGGGUAGUAGGUGGAAAGGCUGGAAUUUUCAGCCAGGAACUUGAAUACAUGUUUGGCUUGGCUCCAUGAAAAAGGAAUUUAGAAAAAACCACAGUGGGUUGGGGAUCCGAAUGGAAGGUAAUCGCGCAGUGGCCGCAUAUCAGGCACGGUGAGUGCUGAGCCCUCCCCAGCAGGUGCUGUGCACCCAGUGGGGGAAGGGGUGGGGGCAUUUACACUCCCAAGAGGUGCUACUGGCCGGUGGAUUGGCCCCUUCCACACCCUGGCCAUGGGGUGGCUGGAGGCUCCACUCAGCCAUUGUCCUGGAGCAGGAACACAAGCUCUGUCUGCAAGGAUUGCCACCUGGCUGGCCCGGGAAUGCGUCUGAGCAAGCUGCUGCUGCUGCUGCAGUCUCCCCCUGCCCUACCCACCCGUGCAAACCAAGUCUCAAGUGAACUCACUCAGGGCAGGAUCUGCUCUGACGCUCCCCCUCCCCAGGGCGCAUGGGCAGACGUGCCGGGCUGGCGAGCCGGAGCUGAAGCGGAGCCAUGUGCCACUGACCAGCAGGGGAGCGGCGAAGCGGGCGCAGCCCGGCUCCCAGAAGGAGAAGGGGGGGGGAGCCUGAUCUGGGCCCCCUCGAGCCCGCACCGGAGACGAGCUAUAAAGUUCCGCGCGGACUUUUGCAGCGAAGUGGGAGCAGCUGCCCGGGAAGACGCAUCCACCCACCCCGGCGUUGCUGCGCCCUGCCUGGGUAGCGCGCUCUAGCCGGAGCCAGCCCGGAGCGGAGACGGGAGACGCGGGCAUGGCUGCGCAGGGGGUGCGCCCCGCGUUCGGCUUGCUGGCCGUGAGCGGCUGGCUCCUGGCCAUGGCACAGGUGGAUUCUGAUGACACGAUUACCACGGAGGAGCAGAUUUAUCUUCUCCUGGAAGCCAAAAUCCAGUGUGAACUGAACAUCACUACCCAACUACAAGAAGGAGAGGGUAACUGCUUUCCAGAAUGGGAUGGACUAAUAUGCUGGCCCAGGGGCUCACUGGGAAAAAUGUUGGCUGUUCCAUGCCCUCCUUAUAUAUAUGACUUCAAUCACAAAGGGGUGGCUUUCAGACACUGUAGCCCUAAUGGAACAUGGGACCUUGUGCAGGGUUUGAACCGAACGUGGGCCAAUUACUCAGACUGCCUUCGCUACUUACAGCCAGAAAUCAGCUCGGGGAAGCGGGAAUUCUUUGAACGUCUCUACAUUAUGUACACUGUUGGAUACUCUAUGUCCUUCAGUUCUCUGGCAGUGGCUGUUUUCAUCAUUGGCUACUUCAGGAGGCUGCACUGCACCAGGAAUUGCAUCCACAUGCAUCUCUUUGUCUCUUUCAUGCUAAGAGCUGCCAGCAUCUUUAUCAAGGACAAAGUUGUGCAUACGCACAUAGGCGUCAAAGAACUGGACUCUCUGCUGAUGAGUGACCUCCGGAGCACUGUAGUGGCACCUGCAAUUGACAAGUCACAAUACGUGGGGUGCAAGAUUGCGGUUGUGAUGUUUAUUUACUUCUUGGCCACCAACUACUAUUGGAUCCUGGUUGAAGGCCUCUACCUGCACAGCCUAAUCUUUGUGGCUUUCUUUUCGGAUACCAAAUACCUGUGGGGCUUCACCUUGAUAGGCUGGGGAUUUCCGGCUGUGUUUGUAGGAGCCUGGGCAGUGGUCCGUGCAACGCUGGCAGAUGCAAGAUGCUGGGAGCUCAGUGCCGGCGCUAUCAAAUGGAUUUACCAAGCACCGAUAUUAGCAGCCAUUGGGCUGAACUUCAUUCUGUUCCUGAAUACUGUACGAGUUCUGGCAACCAAAAUAUGGGAGACAAAUGCUGUUGGGUAUGACACAAGGAAACAAUACAGGAAGCUAGCAAAGUCCACCUUGGUUCUGAUUCUGGUCUUCGGGGUGCAUUAUAUUGUCUUUGUGUGCCUACCGCACACGUUCACCGGGUUGGGAUGGCAGAUCCGAAUGCACUGUGAACUAUUCUUCAACUCUUUCCAGGGUUUCUUCGUCUCUAUCAUCUAUUGUUACUGCAAUGGAGAGGUUCAGACUGAGAUCAAGAAGACUUGGACUAGAUGGAACCUGGCUAUUGACUGGAAAAGGACGACUCCAUGUGGCAAUUACAGAUAUGGCUCCGUCCUCACCAACAUGACCCUCAGCACCAGCAGCCAGUCUCAGAUGGUGGCCAGCUCCCGCAUGGUUCUGAUUUCCAGCAAAGUCUGCAGAAAUGCCAGUAGGCAAAAUGAGGCACACAUGAAUUUGCCUGGGUAUGUUAGGAGCAAUUCUGAACAGGACUGUGUGCACCACUGGGUUCAUGAAGAGGCCAAUGAAGAUGAAGAGAAGCAGGUGGAUGAUAUAUCACUCAAGGAGUCACUUAGACCGCAGGGUAGUAGCACAGACCCUGAGGGGAACAGGGUAGAAAUGGAGGAGGCUCUGUGAACAGUCAUGGACAUUCAUGGGCAUGUCCAAUCUAAAACGGGUUGAAUCCUCUCAUGAUGCCAACAGCUACUAGUAUCCAUAUACUGCCUUGAGCCAAUCUCAGUGAAGAUCUUGGUCAAUGGUGAAGCUUAAUUUACAAGGACUCCAGACCUACAUAAUGCUGCUGACUACACAAAAUGGUUUCUAUGCCACAAAUGUCAAAGGCACAAAAAUGUGAAUUUUUAGCACUUACACUACCUGCAUUACACUUCAAACUCCGUACAGCAGACACAUCUUAGAUGUUUUCUGCAAAUGCUCUUCUGAAGGCAUGUGAAAGGUGACUCCUCCAUUUGUACACCUGAAAGGAAAAGAGGAAUGGAUAUCAGAAGGUUUACAGUAUAUGCAUUUGAAUGGAUUCUCUGGACUCCAAAAUGUCUUAGCUGUGAAUCACAGAGCUGGGAAAAACUUUAAAAGGGUUUUCAUCCAGUACCUAGUGAACUUUGAUCUCAACGCGGAAUGUUUCAAAUCAUUGUUUUUAAACUGAGAUGCUACUUACGUUUGAUUAUUUAUACUAUUGCUUUAGUUUGUUUUAUGGAAACAUCCAAACCAAAACCUCAUGUACUAUGUGACCUAAAUUCUGUAAUGAGACAGCCCCUGCUGCAUGCACUGAGCUCUGCAAUGAUUUGGGAAUUAAGUGGCAAUACUAACUGAAUAUGAAAUCAUUUGAAAACCUUCCGGGUAAGUGAAAUAAUUCUAAAAAGAGCACCAGAAAAUGUAAAUAUAAUUAGUGCCCUGUAAUGGAGGAAUGUCUCCUGCUGUAUGUCGACCUCUGAAAGACUUUGAUGUUGGACAGUGAAUGGGUUUGUGCCCACUGAAUCUCCAUAAAACAUCAAAAGAAACCGUGAUUGGGUUAAUACAGGCCUGAGCUACUUCAGCCAGCUUUAGUACUGUCAAAAGCACUUUCAUUAAACACAUUAAGGUCUUUGCCAGAUACUUACUUCCUGUUGGCCAACUUUGGUCCAAAGAUCCUUGCGCUGAGAUCAAAUUCUUCCACUGGGACACAAUCCCACUCCAUUCUUCCAUGGAUUUCCAAGUAGUGGAGUUCUACUCGGGGGGAUUGGAUGCAUAAGAUGGCAGCUGCCUACGACACGUCUCUCCACGGACCCUUUAAGUGCACCCCUCUGGCAAGCUUCUGCUAUCCAGGCACUUUUUCAUUGCUUCAGCUCAAAUGUGGUGGUGGACAUGGUAUAACAAUCUGAUAGAAUAGCUAAGGAGCUCCUGCAUGCCUCACCAUGAUGGCCCAGGUAGGAGGAACUCAGCAGAGAUCCCUUAAAUGGACACUCAAUGGCUCUCGUCGUGGUGGGAUAGUGCUGCAGUCCGUGCCUCAGUCUCGACUCUUAGAAAGAUUUCACCCUUGCUCUACUCUGUCAUAACAAGGGCAACAGUGGAGGGGAAAGCCCAGGAAAUGCACUGAAUUCCUCCCUUGUGGGAAAAACGCACACCACGGCCUAGGGGUGAAGAUGGCAGCAAAAGGGCCAUUUUUGUAGGUGCUGCUGUGUACGCUGAACCACUUGGGGAGGGGUGGAAGGUGCAGUAUGCAGCCAUUCGCAUCUCCACAUAUUUCAUCAUCAGUAUUGAGAAUUACCAGAGUGUGCUGUAAAACAUUGAAAUGUUUUUUAAAUGACUGGAUUUGGGGGAAAGGGGUGAAAAUAGUUUUUAAAUGUCACCUGAGCGUAAAUUGAGCCGAAAAGACUGAGAUAACUAAUGAACCAAUGAUCUGUUUGGUGUACAUUUGAAACUUACCAUGAACGGCAGCGCAUUUCUUCCUACAAGGCAUGAAAAUAAGAACAAGCCGUGGUGAUGCCAAGUACGCUCUCUGUGAACUGCAUGAUUUCACACAAAAAGUUCCAGAUCCCACAGCAAUUUGGUUUAUCCCAACUGGAUUUGACAUGGGCUAAGUUCUAUCGUGUCUGAUUGAAACAUCUGAGGGCUGAUGCUGUGAAGUGCUAACUGAUGUUAGACGUCAAUUGUGCUGUUUCGGUGCUGUUGUUCAAUGAUUUUGUUGGGUAGCUAUUGUUCAGUGGCACAUGAGAGACAUUAAAAAAAAUCUCCUUUUUUCAGCUUUUCAGUUGUGCUUAAAACUUAUGUCUGGCGCUUGUGCUUCUCCUUUAUUUCUGCCUCUGUGGCCUAUCAAAUCUCUCUCAGAGACGCUCAUUCAUUACAGUGAUCCUUUUCCUACCCAGGUAUUCUCUGUGGUUAAAAGCUCAAAUUUCCCUCACUGAACCUAUUAACUAGCCGGUAAACCUUAUAGUCAGGGGAAUAGACAAGAUGGCAAGAGAGUUCUUUCCCAUCUCCCCCGAUCUCCGAUAUUACUCAUGAUAUGGACUAAUUCUGAAGUCCUUGUACUGUCACCUAAAGCAUUCUGUACAUCCCUGUGCCAAAAAUGUCCUAUGCAGUAGUGAGAGCUCACAUGAGUACAGAUUUCACAAAAGCAAUUCAUCCUUUUGCUAAGGAGUUCUCGGUACACCUCUUCCUGUUGUCAUUUUGCAUUCAUUUAUUGUAUGGUGAAAAAGACGUUUUCUGUGGGACUCAUCCAAAGUUUAAUGAGCUUCACGCAGGGCCAGCUCUAGGAUUGUUGCCGCCCAAAGCAAAAACAAUUUUGGCCGCCCCCCCCCACCCCGGUUCUUUAAUUACCCCACCCCCGGCCCCGCCUCAACUCCGCCCCUUC